AUGACCAUAACAAACGUCCGUGGUCUUAGGAGGAUGCUGCCUAAGACAUAUGAUCACAGGAGGGAGGUCCUAUCAGAGGUCUGUACGGUUCUGUCUCAGCACCAAAACCUCGAGGCUGUGAUAGACAAAUUUGUCUUUAAUGAUGGGACAGUGAAGAACUUGAUGAGUUUGCCUGGAACUGUUAUGGUGUUUUAUGAAGGCAAACGUUAUUACAUUCCUGUGUGUUUGUGGCUAAAUGAAUGUUAUCCAAGAAGUGCCCCUAUCUGCUAUGUGAAACCCACCCGUGAUAUGAUGAUUGUGUCAAGUAGACAUGUCAACAGUAAUGGACGGAUCAUGUUGCCUUAUCUGGAUGAAUGGAGACAUACGCAGUGUGAUCUUCACAGUUUGGUUCAGGUUAUUAUGGCUGUUUUUAGCGAAGUUCCUCCAGUGUGCAUGCGUCAAGUCGACUGUGAAAUUACAAUUUUCUUUACAGCCGGGUCGGUGGUGGAGGAAUUCUCACAUGCAAUUCUGGAUAAAGAUAAUAAUCUUCUGUUCUGCGAAAAUAAUGAAACAAACUGUUAA